UUAUAGUGUGCUAAUCAAGCUCUAACUCUGCAACAGUUGAACCAAUCGCUACUUGUCAUAUAUCAUUUUGAUCAGAAAAGACUGUAGAAUAAGCUAGUGAGCAAAGCUAUUGCAUGCAGUGUAGUUUGAAUUUCCUGCGAAAUCACUAUUGAGAGAUGCUAGACAACAGCUACUAGGAGUAUAAAGGAUCUAGGGUAGCUACCUGGACGUACCUAGCUAGCUAGCUGUACGUACGUACGUACAUCUGACCAGUACAGUAUCACCAUAGUAUUAAAAGUAAGUGCAGAGGUCAACGUAUUCUACUCAUUAAUAUGAAAGUUCAAAGGUCAAAUCUUGCAAAAAAAUUCGCUUCCGGCGAGGCUGCCCUCUUACGGGGCUUCACCCUUUUCUAGCUAGCCCCCCCCUUUUGUUUUUCCUGGAUCCGCCCCUGCUUAGUGCAAAAUAUUAUUCACAGAUUCAACAUUCUUGUAUACUCAAUUUCUAGGGAAGUUGCUAUUUAAUUUUUUAUAUUAGAAUAUAGUUUCAUGCUUUUAUAAAUGUUGUACAAAUGCAUUCCCCAGAUCUUAACUAACGAUGGCCGAAGGACCUGAUCCAGUUGUUGCUGAUCUCGAGCAAGAAGUGACCUGUGGCAUCUGUCAUGACCGCUACCAGGAGCCAAAGCUGCUCCCUUGUUGUCACUACUACUGCAAGCAAUGCAUCCUCACACUCUCCAGUCGCUACCGACCCAACCAGCCGUUCCCCUGCCCCGACUGUCGUGAGCCCACUCUAUUGCCAGACAACAACCCAGACAGACUGACCACUGCGUUCUUUAUCAACCGGAUGAAAGCACUCCACUCGAGGAUGGAGAAAGCCCAUGGCAAGUUGGAGACCACUUGUGAAAUGUGCUCUGGGGGAAAGGCCACUGCAUUCUGCCGACAGUGUGUCAAUUUCAUCUGUGAGGAUUGUGUAAGACCUCAUCAACGUAUGAAAGUGUUUGCUACACAUAUCGUCUCCACUCUGGACGAGCUCAAACAAGGCGGAGUCAAAGAACUAACAUUCGAAAACCCACCACCCCCAAAAUGCAAAGAUCACGAAGAGCCAAAAAAGAUUUUCUGUUUCGAUUGCAACAAGCUUAUCUGUCGAGACUGUAUCGUUAUUGAACACGCUGGACACAAUUACGAAUUUGUAAAGAAAGCCGCCCCCGCAACUCGCAAAAAGCUGACGGAGCACCUCUCCCCACUCAAGAACCUACUGCCUGAUCUGAGCACCGCUGUGAAUCAAGUGAAAGGAACUAAACAGAAGAUCCAGGCCCAGAAAGAACUGACAGAGAGACAAGUGAAUGCCAAGUUCCAGGAGCUACACGAUAUUCUCGAUCGAUGCAAGGUCCAUGUUUUACGAGAAUCUUCUGCUUUGGCUGAUUCAAAGAUGGAGAAGCUGACAGUUCAAGAGAAGGGUCUGGACCUGUCCCUGGGCACUGCUCAGAGUUUGAUUGACUUUGUAGAGCGUACACUGGAGAAUGCAAGUGAUGAAGAACUGAUUACGAUGCAAGAGCAGGUGGUGAGUCGAAUCGAUGCCGAGGUGUUGAAGCGAGGGAAGGAAGCAGCCAAUCCUGAUCCAGUGGAGAAAGAUGAUUUUGGAGUCGAAGUGUUUGUUUGUGAGGAUCUCAAGAAGUUGUGUGAGAACAAUGUGAGAGUGUAUGAUGGUAAAGUGGAUCCAGCAAAGUGCACUGUGGAAGGAGAUGGAGCUAGAACUGCUGAAAUCGAUAAACCUAACAAUUUUUCGAUUCUUGUGGAAUGUAAUACACAAUUAAAGCAUCCUACAAUACAAGUGGCUCUAAAAUCGCUAGUUGAUCAAUCCUCUCAACAGCUACAAGCAGUGCCUGUGAGGGGUGGAGUGUACAGCGUUGAGUACACCCCUAGGAUACGUGGUCGACACCACCUCCUGAUCUCAGUAGACGACCAGCCCAUCCCAGGAAGCCCCUUCUCUGUGUUCGUCAAAAUACCCCCCACCAAGCUGGACAAACCUGUGAGGGUGAUGAGAGGAAUCAACAUCCCUCGAUAUAUGGCAUUCAAUUCGUCAGAAGAACUGAUUGUAACUGACUUUGAGGGUGAUGUUUUGGUGUUUGACAAGAAAGGAAAACAAAUUCGAAGCAUCAGCAAAUCAAAGCACGGGUUUGGCGGUAUCUCUGGCGUGGCAGUAGACAAGGAGGACAACAUCUAUGUCUCUGACUGGAGCAAACACUGUGUGUACAAGUUCAACAAAAGAGGAGAUCUGCUGAAGAGGUUUGGGACGAUUGGAAGUGGUCCAAAGGAACUCAACUGCCCUCGAGGGAUAGCAGUCGCUGGUGAUCAAGUGUUUGUGUGCGAUCGGAGUAAUCACAGAGUCCAAGUGUUGACGACAGAGCUGGAGCCAGUCAAGCAGAUUGGUUCAUACGGAACUGGUAAUGAGCAUUUUAACGGACCAGAGGAUGUUGCUGUGGACAAUGAACAAAUGAUGUAUGUCACUGACUGUUAUAAUCAUCGUGUUCAAGUGCUCACUAUGGAUGGUCGGUUUAUUCGCUCGAUUGGAAAGAAAGGAAAUGGACAAGGAGAACUGUCUUCCCCUUGUGGUGUGUGUGUCACUGGUUUUGUUUAUGUUGCUGAUUCUAACAAGCGUGUGUCAGUGUUCACUAAAGACGGUCAGUUUGUCACAUCAUUUGGUAAUGCUCAUAUCACUAAUCUUUAUCUUUAUGGAGUAGCUGUGGACAGUGAUGGUUUUGUUUAUGUGCACAGUCAUGAAUCUGUUGUUAUAUUUUAGUUAUUAUUUGUGUGUGUGGGCAGUAGCAAUCUGUGUUUUAUGAUAAUUUACUUUUGAUUGAGAA